CGGACGGCAGCGCUCUUCAGCCACCAACGCCUCGUCGCUAACACUACAACUAACAAACAUGCCAUUUACUAGGUUCAUUGGCGAAGAGACAUACUCUGCCGGGUCCUCUCGCGACUACCUCGUCGACGCCUCCCCCACCUGGAUCGUCGACCCCCUCGACGGCACCGUAAACUUCACCCACCUCUUCCCCAUGUUCUGCGUCUCCAUCGCCCUCGUCGUCGACCACGAGCCCGUCAUCGGCGUCAUCAACGCGCCCCUCCUCAACCAGCUCUUCACCUCGUGCCGCGGCCGCGGCGCCUGGCUCGACGAGACGCACCGCCUGCCCCUCGUGCGCGAUCCCAUCCCGCCCCUGCCGCCCGACGCGCCCAGCGGCUGCAUCUUCUCCUGCGAAUGGGGCAAGGACAGGAGGGACGGGCCCGAGGGAAACCUGAUUCGCAAGGUCGACUCUUUCGUCACCAUGGCGGCGGAGCCGGGCGCGCGAGAGCGCCUAGGUGGCAUGGUACAUGGCGUGCGGAGCCUGGGGAGUGCUACCAUGGACUUGGCCUACACAGCCAUGGGGUCUCUCGAUAUCUGGUGGGAAGGCGGCUGCUGGGAGUGGGAUGUUGCGGCUGGAAUCGCAAUCCUCCAAGAGGCCGGCGGCUUGGUGACAAGUGCCAAUCCUCCCGAAGAUCCUGCCUGGGCUGAGAUUCCCAGAGUUCAGCUGGGGAGUCGCCUCUACUUAGCGAUUCGGCCCACCGGCCCAUCGGACACGGAGACAGCCUUGGAAGCACAACAUCGUGUGAUUCGCCAAGUUUGGAAGAGGGUGAGGCCCCUAGGCUAUAGCCGAGCAACUGCACCGCAACGGUCAAGCAAAUAGAGCACCAUUAUAAAGGACCACCAACAUGCUCCUCAAAUACCGACUCCUCCCAACGCUGCCAGACACUGUCUUAAUGGAACUACUCAAGAUGCUAUUGCACACUGUCCAGGCCUUCCAUGCGGGCAGCAAAUUCAGCUUGAAGGCUGCGCAGGUAGCCCGGCAACGAUUCGUCGCUGCCAGCGUCCCUGGCUUGGCGAAGCGCUUCGUGCAAGUUCAGCAAGAGUUUACGGCGCGCCACAAGUUUGCGAGACUCGGAGCUCUGCCGGUUAGCCUCGCGUUUUUGCCUGAGAUCAUUGGCCACUUCCUCGGCUUUGUCAAUGAAAGAAGGGGGAAAUCCCAUGGCACGCGCCAGGUGAAUACCGUAGUGUUCCUUGUCAUUGACGGUGCCCGCCGUGGCUUUGUACAGCAUUUGCAGGAGCGGAAGCCCCUCGGAUGUCUCCGCCGUAGUGGACGCGAGAUGGAGGUUGAGCACACCUGGCCGUUCCCCGAGUACUUUGGCUAGCUCGAUAAAGUGUGUCGCAAACCAGACGGACGCCCCCGUCUGAAUCAAUGCUUCCGACAUGGCGAUGGCGAUUGCGAGCCCAUCUCGCGUGCUUGUCCCGCGACCCAGC